ACCACUCCCUCCCACCACGCUCCCUCCCUCCCUCAACCUCGUCUCGUGCUUUUUGCCUGCGGUGGGAGCUUUUCGCUUUGGUUUAGGUGCUUCUUUCCCACUCGCCACUUUCCCCCCUCCCUCCCUCUCCCCUCCUGCGUGCGGUGUCACGCACACCAAAAGCUCCUGCCUUUUCCCUUAUCUCAGCGCCACCCGUAGUGGGAUUUGGUGGCAGCUGCUUGCCUCGCGCGCUUCCUCGCUCUCCUCCCUUCCUUCCUUCCUCUCUUGCCCCCUGCGUCACUCUCCUCCCGUCACCGCACCGCACGCGCGCGCGGCGUUCUUCCCUUCCCGGUGGGCUCGGAAUUCGGCGUCUUCGUUUGCUCCUGGGACGGUUGAUUGGCCGCGGUUGCUUCGGGCGGCGGAUCUUUUGCGGAACUCCGGCGAGGGAGGGUUAGGGGAGAUGAACUGCGGGCCGCCGGACCAGCUUCCGCCGGCGACGGCGGGCUUCCUCAACCUCAACUGGGACAGCUCCAUGGACGCGGGUGGCCACCCGUCGCCGGCCUCCAACUCCGCGGCGCCCACCGAGGGGCUCGCCCUCCACGGGAUCUCGCCGCGCCCGCAGCAGCACUACGGCGCCGGCACGCCGCUCGGCUCGCCCACCAAGCUCAACCUCUCCAUGAUGGGCCAGUACCGCCACCACGCCCACCAGUACCCGCCGCCGCAGGUGGGCGGCCUGCCCACGCUGGAGAACCUGAUGCCCAUGGGCUCCCUGGACCAGUUCCUCGCCGACCCGGGCUUCGCCCAGCGCGCCGCCAGGCUCUCCGGCUUCGACGCACGCGGCGGCUACGGCGCGCAGUUCGGCCUCCCGGACGACGGCCCCGUCGGCGCGCUCAAGGAGCUGGAGCUCGGGAGCGCCCGCGACGACUCGUCCGUGUCCGAUCCGGCGUCGGCGUCGGCCGGCGCCGGGAUGGCGCUCAAGGGCGCCUCCGACGGCAAUGCGAGGAAGCGGAAGGCCGCCGGCGGCAGCAAGGGGAAGGGCAAGGACGCCUCCGUGUCCACCACCUCCGCCAAGGAUCUCCUCGCCAAGGAGGACUCGUCGUCGAAGCGCUGCAAGUCCAUGUCCAUGGAGGACGGCGAGGAGAAUUCCGGCAAGGGGAAGGCCGCGCAGAGCAGCAGCGAGAACGGCGGCAAGAAGCAGGGCAAGGACGGCGCCUCCAAGCUCCCCGAGCCGCCCAAGGACUUCAUCCACGUCCGGGCUCGGCGCGGCGAGGCCACGGACAGCCACAGCCUGGCCGAGAGGGUGAGAAGGGAGAAGAUCAGCCAGCGGAUGAAGCUGCUGCAGGACCUCGUGCCCGGCUGCAACAAGGUGGUUGGCAAGGCCGUGAUGCUGGACGAGAUCAUAAACUACGUGCAAUCGCUGCAACGGCAAGUCGAGUUCCUGUCCAUGAAGCUGGCCACGGUGAACCCGCAGCUGGACUUCAACAAUCUGCCCAACCUCCUUGCCAAAGAUAUGCAGCAGCAGUCGUGUGGGCAGCUGCAGCAGGGCUCGUCGCAUUUCCCGCUGGAGGCGUCGGGCGCGGCGCUCCCCUACAUGGGCCAGGGGAACAACGACCAUCUCGGCGGCUGCGGCAUGUCCGACGGCGGCAUGGGCGACGAUCAGGGCGCCAUGCACCCGCUCGACCAGGCCUUCUGCCGGCCCAUGGGGUCGCAGCAGCAGCAGCAGCACUUCCUCAGCGACGCCGCCUCUCAGGUUGGGGCUUUCUGGCAAGAUCUGCAGAGCGUGGUUCAGAUGGACAUGGGGCAGAGCCAGGAGAUCGCCACCUCGUCCAACAGCUACGACGGCUCGUUGCAGACGGUCCACAUGAAAAUGGAGCUUUGACAUGAUCACCAGGGAAGAAGCUCGAUCCCACCACCGAACGCCUCGACGACGCCCGCUGUACAUAGGGAGGAGAAGCAAUUCAGAGCCUGAGAGCCAGUCAUGUCAGCCAAGCUUGCUUGCCGUCCAUGGAAGCACUCUGAGAUUCAACCUAACAAUGUUGGGCCCUAGCAGUGUCUUAGCUUCUAAUUUCCACCCACCCAUGGUUAUUUUGAACAAGAAAAUGGAGCGCGGCCGGCCGUGUGACUGACGGUAUAGCUCCUUUCUUCUGCUAAGCCUAGUAGCAAGAUCGAUCGGUACAUAGCGCGGCACCCUUCCUAUCCAUUCUCCCUCAAAUGAGAGGGGAUUGCAUUGAAGAUGUGUAAUAGUACAUCAUUUGUAUUGCCAUUAUAUAUAAUAUAGUAUAUGUUUCUAGCCUA